AAAAAAAAUUGCAAGUCAUUUAAAUUAAAAAAAAAAUAAAUUAAUUAAAACAUGAAGAAGGUAAAAACUCGUACAAUAUUAUGGCAUUUGGUAUUUUGGGGUUUUGUUAUAAAUUAUAUGUUUUGCAUUAAUCUUAAUUUGACAAUUGUUGAUAUGGUUAUAACAAAUAAAGCUGCUACAUCAGAACUUGCCCCAGAAAAACAAUUGCCAUUAUCGGAAAUUUCAAAGAGAUCAAUUGAAAUAAACUCAACAACAAUUGAAACAAAGUUUAAACAUUCAUCGGAAAAAUUUCACUGGAAUGAAUAUCAACAAGGUUUGAUAUUGGGUUCAUUUUAUUGGUUACACUGGUUAACACAAUUGCCUGGAGGUAUAUUGGCCAAAAAAUAUGGCACCAAAUUGGUGUUUGGUCUCUCGAAUGUUAUCUGUUGUUGGAUGUGUUUCUUUAUACCAAUGGCUGCAUAUAACAACUUUAAAAUUCUCAUUACACUAAGAAUCAUACAGGGAGCCAUAGCGGGUUUAACUUGGCCUGCUAUGCAUGUACUCAUUGCCAAAUGGAUACCACCAAAUGAGCGUAGUAAAUUUGUUACCGCCUAUUUUGGCAGUUCCAUAGGUGUCGCUUUAUCUUAUCCUAUAUUUGCUUAUAUUAUGCAUUACAUGUCCUGGCAAUGGGUUUAUUAUAUAUGUGGUAUUGUUGGUACUCUUUGGUGGUUUGGUUGGUUAACCUUGGUGUAUGAUAGUCCUGAACAACAUCCACGUAUAACAAAAACUGAAUUAAAUUAUAUUGAAAAAGCUUUGGGUUGUAGUGUUCAGCAGAAAACAACACACAGAAUUCCUAUACCUUGGAAGGAUAUAUUUACCUCGAGACCAGUAUGGAUGAAUGUUAUGGGUCAAUGGGCUGGUGUUUGGGGCUUAUUUACUUUGAUGACUCAGUCGCCAACAUAUUUUAAAGUUAUACAUAAUUGGGAUAUAAGAGCGACUGGCAUAUUAUCUGGAAUACCUCAUAUAUUACGUAUGGUUUUUGCUUAUAUAUUUUCUUUAUAUGCAGAUUAUUUGUUAAAAACAAAUAAAAUGAAAAGAACAACAUUAAGAAAAUUCGCUACAUUUAUAUGUGCCAUUGUUAUGGGUCUAGUAGUUUUGGCUUUAGCCUAUUUAGGCCGUAAUCCUAUAUAUGCUGUAGUACUAAUAUCUUUAGCAACCAUGUUUCAAGGUGCUGGUUCCUCAGGCCCCUUGUCCUCAAUGAUAGAUAUAGCACCCAACUAUGCGGGUAUUAUUUGUGGUAUCUGUGGCACUAUAGGCAGUUUGCCGGGAUUUAUAUCGGCUUAUUUAGUGGGAGUUUUAACAUUGGAUAAUCAAACUUUUGAAGCCUGGACGAAUGUAUUUCUUAUUUGUGCGUUCAUGCUUAUAGGCUGCGGUGUUCUAUAUGUUUUAUUUGCUGAUUCUUCGGUACAAAAAUGGAAUGAUUAUUCACAGUAUCAUGUAUCAAAGGAUUUGCAAUUAUUGGAAAAGAAUGAGAUGUUAAAAGAAAAAUGUUGUGGUACUUAAGCCAAUUAUAAAGAGGCUGAUUUUUAUAUUAUUUUUAAGUAUUUAUUGUUGUUUAUUUAAAAUAAAAAAUGCAUUAAUUACAAA